UUUGUGUUUUCUACGUGUCGACGGCACCGACAGACUGAUGUAGACGGACAGUUCAGAACAGAGAAGUCAAAAUGUGGAACUGUUUGUGUAAGAAAAAGUCAAAAAAGUCAAAAAAGUCGACAGAUGAGGAAGAGAGAAGACUUAGGUCUUGUGAAGAUGAACUUCAGCAGACAAAAGACGCCCUUGAACAAAAACAAAAGGAGCUUGAAUCAGCCAAUCAGAGGUUGACUGAGACAGAAACAUCUUAUAAAAAUGAGCUCCAGAAGAUGAGAUCUGAACUUAAACAAAUAAAAGAUGAACUGAAGUCAGCCAAUCAAAGACUGACUGAAAUGAAGACAUCACAUGAGAAGGAGCCUCUUGAGAUUAGGUUGAUUGAAGCAAAGAUUUCUGAUGAAAAUGAUCUUCAAAGUACAAGGCUUGUCAGAAAAGAAGAGGAAGUACAGCUAAUGUCAGCCAUUCAAAGUCCCACUACUGAAAAUAUCUCUCUGGAAGCAGAUCUUUAUGAUGUGAGAUCUGAUCUAAAACAGAAUGAAGAAAAGCUGAUAUCAGUCAAUGAAAGGCUGAACAAUGAGCUCCAGACAGUGAGAUCUGCACUCAAAAAUAAAGAAGAAGAACUAGAAUCAGUUAAAAGGUUUGUUCACACAACAACAUAA